AUGGGUGCCGGUGGUAAGCCUGUCAACAUCUUCACGUUCAAGAAGAACGGCAGUGAACCCCCAGAGGUUCUCAACUGGAAGCUAUGGUUCGCUGUUCUCUCUUUCGGUAUCAUGGGUGCAGCCCGUGGUAUUGAUGAGGGUCUCAUUUCUGGAACCUUUGCUACCAAGCAUUUCCAAAACUCCCUUGGCCUUGACAAGCUCGACAAAGUAGACCUCGCCCAGGUCAAGGCCAACGUCUCUGCCAUGGUUCAGAUCGGAUCCGUCGGUGGUGCUCUCCUUGCUUUCGUUCUCGCCGACCGUAUCGGUCGUCUCUGGGCUACUCGUCAGCUCUGCCUCGUGUGGAUGCUUGGUAUCGUCAUCUUCAUGACCAGCACCGUUGGUGGUGGUCGUCUUGGUCAGGUUUACGCCGGUCGUUUCAUCGCAGGUCUGGGUAUUGGACAGACCACUGUCAUUGCUCCCGUCUACAUCUCUGAGAUCGCUCCCAAGUCAGUACGUGGUCUGUGUACCUGCGUCUUCUCCGGCUCCGUCUACAUCGGUAUCAUGCUCGCAUACUUCGCUUCCUGGGGUAGCUCUCUCCACAUUCCCAAGACUGAGCCCACCUCAUGGGAGGUUCCUACCUCAAUUCAUUUGAUGUUCGCUGGUCUCAUCUUCGUUCUCUCGUUCUUCAACUACGAAUCGCCCCGUUAUCUCAUCAAGGCUGGCAAGCGUGACCACGCUGUUGCUAACUUGGCCCGCGUUCGUGGACUCCCUGCUGAGCAUGAGCUCGUUCAAGGUGAAAUCGCCGAUAUUGAGAACCAACUUCACGAGGAGCAAGAAGCCACUAUGGGCCAAGGUGCUAUGGGAUACAUUAAGGAGAUGUUCUUCAUGCCCAACAACGCCUACCGCUUGUACAUUGGUUUGGGUUCGCAGGUGCUCUCGCAGUGGUCUGGUGCUCAAUCUAUGACUGUCUACGCCCCCGACUUUUUUGCUCUCCUCGGUACCAAGGGACAGAACGAGAAGCUCUUCGCCACUGCUAUCUUCGGUAUCGUUAAGUUCGUUGCCGCCAUUGCUUGCGCUCUCUUCCUGGUCGACUGGAUCGGUCGCAAGCGCUCUCUCAGCAUUGGUAUUGCCUGCCAGGCCAUCAGCAUGGCUUACGUCGCUGCCUUCCUUACUGCUGUCCCCGGAAUUGAUACCGAAGGCUUCGAGUUCUCUAAGAGCCAGAAGGCUGCCUCUACUGUUGCACUUGUCAUGAUCUACCUCUCCGGUUUCGGUUGGGCUAUGGGUUGGAACUCGAUGCAAUACCUCCUCAACGCUGAGAUUUACCCUCUCCGCAUCAGAGCAAUCUCUUCCUCCCUGGUCAUGUGCUUCCACUUCGUCAACCAGUACGGUAACUCACGCGCUGUUCCUCUUAUGCUCCUCGACCACUCCGAGGGUGGUCUUGGUCCCGCCGGUACCUUCUGGCUCUUCACUGCCAUCACCAUCAUUGGUGGUGCCUGGGCUUGGUUCACUAUUCCCGAGACCUCCGGAAGAUCCCUCGAGGGUAUCGACAAGCUGUUCGAGCUCCCCUGGUACAAGAUUGGUCGUUUCGGUGCCCAGGAGGCCGAGAUCAGCGACCAGUUCGAAGCCGACAAGAUCGACGAGAAGAAGGCCAACGUCCAGAUUAUCGAGCGCGCUGUCUAA